GUUGCAACAGUGGGUUGGUUGGAAAUGACUCUACUAAUGUUGUAUCUGCAGGUACACAAACAAGUGAAGGAGCAAGAGAUUAUAGUUACCAAGCUCGCCUUAUGACGGUUGAUGAACAUUGUUACGAGUGUAAAGUGAGGUAUCGUGAUCCAAAACCCAAAGAUUUGGUUAUGUAUCUACAUGCUCUUAAAUAUUGUGGUCCUGGUUGGCAGUUUGAAACAAAGUUGCCUGAAUGGGCUAAUGAACAAUGGAGGGAGCCAGAAGAUGAACAAUGAAGUCUGUGAAAAGGAAAAAAAUAAUUGUACAUAAUCUAAACAUUAUUUCAAUGAUGAACACUGUCAGAAUUUUGCAAAGGCACAUAAUUUAUAACAUUUCAAAAAGUGUUUGUUG